ACCAUCUAUAAAUUUGAAAUCUAUGAAUCAUGAUUAAAACUGCUUGACAAAUUCAAACGUUGGAUGCUAUUAUUGCAUAGUGAUGGGCGUAAUUUUCUUGGAACAUAUCGGAGGUACUCGUUUAUUCUCUUGCGCUUCCUGUGACACUAAUCUUACAAACAGAGGUCAGCUGAUAAGCACGCGUUUUACGGGCGCUACAGGCCGUGCUUUUCUCUUUAACAAAGUCGUCAACUUAAAUUACAGCGAGGUACAGGAUAGAGUGAUGUUGACGGGUCGUCACAUGGUCCGAGAUGUCAGCUGCAAAAACUGUGAUGCUAAACUUGGGUGGGUGUAUGAAUUUGCAACAGACGAUAAUCAACGAUACAAGGAAGGCCGUGUCAUCCUGGAACGUGCUUUAGUCACAGAAAGCGAUGGAAUGGGCGAUAAUAUUUAAUACAUUACAAGAAGUAGCACGUCAUAGGAUAAGAAUACUUUAUAGUCAAUGUAAAAUCAGUUGUUCUUUUUCUUAGUGUUCCUCAUAUAUUUGGAGUAAUUGAAAAUUGUUGUAAAGUGUAUGAUAAUUUAUAUUUAAUAUUCAAUAUUUUUGUAAACAUAAAACAUACUUUAUUUUAUGGUAUUACAUAUUUCUAAUGAUCAGCUAUUAUUUUUUUAAAGUUAUUUUUCAUUUAAACAUGUAUACCAUGUUAAGUCUGAUUUAAAAUAAAGAUUCAGUCGAUUAUUGUGUUAAUACUUUUAAUA